UCCACGCCUUACGGCUUCCCGCCGUAUCUGCCGAGCCAGCGAUUCGACUUCCAGAGGUACCACGAAGCUCCAGAAGACGCCGUGACGUCAUCCAGCGAGUUCCAAGAAACGGAGGCGACGGGAGAAGAGUACUUCGGAUCGCGGAGUAGAGACAGCGAGAGAGCCGAUCCUUGUCCAUCCUUCGAUCCCAUUUCGGCGUUCUACCCUCCGAAAACGACAGAGCAAGAAGUCUUCGACACUAACAACGGUGAAACUCAGAAGAGUGGUAAAACAUCCAUGAUGAUCGACAACCUAUUAAACAUUAGGAGUGAGUCUUGUUCCCAAGCGGACAUGAAAUAAGAACUCUUUAGGGUACUUUCUUUGGGGUUAGUAGUGACUUAGUUCAAGUUAUUUUGUUCCUCUGUAAUAUAUUUUAGGUUAUAGAUGAUAUUUAAUAUUGUAAAUAAAAUGUUUUUAUUAUACUAUAAUUAUUAUAAAUGUAUAUUUAUUACGGUAAGAUUCAAGAGGCAUGUUUUCUACGAUGUUCAAUUUAUGAAUGCUCCUUAGACAAUAUUUUAUGUGCUGGACUUGAAUAAGUAACAAUUGAAUUUAUGUGAACAGUGGCUUAUACGUUCUUAGUCCUACCACUUUAGGAGCGAAUAUUUUUUUGAUAACUUCAAUAAAAGUACUUUUUUCGAUAAUGAGCCAAUUUGACCUUGAUUUGUUGGUGCUUUGUUUAAAUUUAAUUUUAGAUUUACCAGUGAUUAUUUUAAAACUUAAUUAUUGAAUUAUUUUUCAAUUGUUUUGUCAAAGUCGAAAUAGCCUAAAUUAUUCAAACAGUGAUGUCCGUGAAAAAUUUUAAAAGCAAUCUGGAAUUGACGAAAUGCAAUAAUGCAUUGAAGGUGAGUUAGACGAUUCAUCUAGUAAAUUAUUUUAAUGAAAGAUAAAGCAAACAUACAAAAUCCAGCUCGACUUUUUUGGAGCUUCAUUGGCAUCGAAAUUAAAACUAAUGAUAAACUAAAUAAAUCAGUAUGAUAAAUCGUCUAAUUCCGCCAUUAUCGAUCGUGCAAUGUUGAUAGUUAAGUAAGUGUACAAAGACAUAUUUUUUUUUAACAAAACUUUCGAAAAUUGUUUCGAAUAUUUCUUUAUCUGAUAAAAUAACGUGUGAAAUCUUCGAAGGUUCAGUUAAAUCGUAAAAAAAAUAUAUUUAGAGACCACUCUUCCUUUAUUGUGUAAAUAAUGAGGUAAAAUAAAAGUUUCAGUUCAUAUAAAGACUAUUCGAAUGCAAUGAAAAUUCUCAUAAAAUAUAUCAAUUAUUACUGUAAUAUAAAAAUUCACUUUAUUUUACACUGGUGCUUUUAAUAUACCUAUAAAUUAUUGUAAUAUUAUAAAAAAGUUUUUUUUACCUGUCAUAAUGUACAAAUUUUGUAUAAUUCCGAGAAAGCAUUUAAUGUAGAUCGUGUUAAAGGAUUCUUUAAGCAAUAUUAAUGUUAAUUUGUGUGUAAACUUUUUAUAUGAUUUUAUAGAGUUUCUUUUUGUUUCUUUUGUAAAAUAAUGUUGUGGAAUUUAAUAACUGUAGGCACGUUUUUAAGUGUGAGAACUACCUUUCCCUGUCAAAUUACAGCAGGGGUUUCCAACCGGUCAAACCAUUUUUCAAAGUCGAAUUUUUAUUAUUUUUAGGUUUUUCAUUGUACAAAAUACUAAACUAUUAAAUUAUUUUAUUUCAAAUUCUAGACUUUAUCAUAUAAUAAAUCCUUUUAAGCAAAAACAAAAAAUAUGUGGAAUUGUUCAAGAAACAAAACAUUAUUGUUUGUUAAUAGUACCUACCUGGGUUAAAAGUCGGUGCCAAUCAAUCAUUUUCGGAAUUAAAAAUUUAUUUUUAACAAUUUAAGUAACUUCAAACUUUUUUUUAUUACAAAAAAAGACAAAUAAAUUCUUAUUACUUGUGUUGCCAACAAUGAAAAUUUUAUUUUUAACCCUAAAUAAGCCUAGUUGAUUUAUUUUAUUUUAUUUGGACAACUUUAGAUAUAUCUUUUGUACUCUUUCACUCAAGUGGAAAUCUCCUGCCAAAUCUUAACGUGUAAAAGAGAAGCAAUGUAUUUAUUCGCAAUAAUUGUACAGAGGUGUAAGUAUAGUUGGUGUGUUUGAGGAUGCUGUAUGAGACGUAUCGAAGAAUAAAGAUGUCUUUCUGCAAA